UCAAUGUUUGCGGAAGCUGUGGAGCUGUUGCCCGCGCGGCCAGUUUUGACUACACGUUUUGCUGAAACUGUCACUCUGAGCGUCAUUAAAAUAAUAGAGUAUCGUUCAAGAAAUGGCAUUUUGUCGACGUGGAUCUAAUUCACAUCGAGACACGCUUAAAACACUGCCGUUAAGGCGCAGCGCUCGUGGGUCACUGGUUUAAGUUAAUCGAUCGCACAUCCCAUAUCCGACGGACUAAACAGAGGUGUCGGCUGACCAGGACGAGUCACCAACUGGAGGUUGACAUGAACCCACGCGUCGCAGAGAACGAAGCGCAGCGCAGAGCCGUGGACGUGAGUAUCAUCACGCCGAUGUACAAUGCAUCCGGUUGGCUGGAUGAAUGCCUGCAGGCCGUCAUACAACAAGACUUCACCGGAACCAUGGAGCUCUCCGUCUUUGACGACGCAAGCACUGAUGACUCAAGGAAAGUGGUGGAGGGUUGGAAGAAGAGGCUGCAGGCGAGGGGCAUCUCAGUUGUGAUCUCCGGCCACAACUCUCCCCGACCCAGAGGAGUGGGAUAUGCAAAGAAUAAGGCAAUAACUCAGAGCUGUGGACAAUACUUGUGCUUUCAGGAUGCGGACGACGUUAUGUUCCCACAAAGAGUUCGUCUGCAGUAUGAGGCAACUUUCCUCCAUCCCCGAUAGCUGAUUGGCUGUAAAGUCCGGAGGGCUCCAGAGGGAUCGACUGAGCGUUACACUCGCUGGAUCAACACAAUCACUCAGAGUCAGCUCAUCACUCAGGUGUACACGUCUCAUGGGCCCACAGUCGUCAUGCCGACAUGGUUCUGUUCAAGGAACUGGUACCUGAAGGUUGGACCGUUUGAUGAGGGGGGCAAGGGAGUCCCAGAGGACUUGCUCUUCUUCUACCAGAGUCUUCGUCAGAGAGGGGGCGUGGCCAGAGUCGAUCAGUGCCUGCUGGUGUACCGCUACCACGAGAAGGCUGCCACGCACUCUGUAACAGAGGAAACCAUUUGGAAGCUGAGAGUUGACUUCCUGCAGGAGCAGGUUCUCAGCCGAUGGGAGAGCUUCACCAUAUGGAACGCUGGGAAACAGGGCCGCAAGCUGUUCCGAAGUCUGAGCCCGACCAAUCAGGAGAGGGUAAAAGCUUUUUGUGAUGUCGAUGACAACAAGAUCAAGAAAGGCUUUUACACAUAUGAGGAAUCCAAGCAAAGACCAAAGCCCAAAAUACCAGUUCUGCACUACAAAGACGCCUCCGCUCCCUUCGUUAUCUGUGUUAAACUGGACAUGACGGGAGGCGUUCUGGAGGAAAACCUCAACUCCUUGCUGCUCGAGGAAGGAACCGACUUUUACCAUUUCAACUGACGGAGGAGUAACGGGAGGAGCCCUGCAGCUCAACGUGCUCAGAGGAAUGCACUCAACCUGAGGGAGAGACAGGUUGAUGCUCAAAGGUAAAAGAUCUGCUGAUGAGGCCCAACAGUUCAUCCCCCGCUCUGUUUCCUCUGCCUCACAUCCAACCCACAACACUUGGAUGGUUAUUAGUUAUCAGCCAUGGCCGAGGAAAGCACCGCUAUCUGUUGUAUCCGUUUGGCUCCCUUUUGUCGGGUCGCUUCAUAAACAUUAACGUUUGUGUUAACGGCGGAUGGGUUGCAGUAGGUGAAACAUCAUUAAUGAGAAAAUGUUUUUUUGCGUUCUCUAUAAUGUGAAGCAGAGCAGAUCUGCUGUUUCCUGCUUCUUUGCAGGAAACUUCUUUAUGUCCCUUUAUGUUUUCAUCAGGCUGAUGGAAGCCUUUCUAAAUAUUAAGUAAAUUGUUUAAUAAAAUGCUCAUACAUCAAAUGAUAAGGAAUGUCCUCCUUUUGUGAUUGAACUACAAAUAAAAGAUUUUACAUAUAUGUAUUAUGCAAUAAGGACAUGACGACUGCCAAUGUCGACCAUUGGGGGAAUAAAAUAUUGUUUUUCUAAA